UUGUCAGUUCUCAUCUUCAUCUUUCUCUCGUCAAACUUAAAAUGACUUUAUUUGUAUCGUUUUUAUUGCUUACAUUACCCAUCAUUUCAAAUGGACUCCCAUUGUCUCAUGAAAAGUCACAAUCGACUUCUCAAUAUUAUGACAAUAAAUUGAUUGAUCAAGUCUGUGGUCGCGAUACUAUUCCAGGAAAAGUCCCAUUCUACGCUUCGAUAGAAUAUGAUGAUCUAACCGGCCAUUACACAAUGUGUAGUGGUGUUUUGAUUGCAGAUCAAUGGGUCUUGACUGAGGCUUAUUGUAUAGGGACAAUUUGGGGACCCAUGCGAGUUGUUUUAGGUGACGAAUGGAACAACAAAACAAUUGGAGUGGAAAACAUUUACACCCAUCCGGAUUUAGGUCGUGAAACACCUAUGAACAAUAUCGCCCUUUUAUUAUUGAACGAACCAGUUCAGUUCAGUAGGAAUAUCCAACCAAUCUGUUUACCAGAACCUGGAGAAGAUGAAAUUUUUCAUGGUCACUAUGGGAAAGUGGCUGGCCGACCAAAGUUUAAUCGAACCGAGAACAAACCUACACCUUUAAAUGUGCAUAUAACCAGUUUGCCUAUCGACAGAUCUGAUGAUUGUGAUAAAUUUUUCGAAAAAGUCAUGGACAAAAAUAUCACUGAUUCCUUUUUUUGUGCUGGUUACCCGAAAAGACAAAAAGAUGCAUGUUUUCCUGAUCGUGGCGAUCCUUUCAUAGUCAAAGUUCGAAAACAUUGGGUAAUUACUGGAUUCACAUUGAUUAACGUGGACUGUAAGAGGCCUCAUGCACUCGAUAUUUACGUUAGAGUUGAAUUGCACUUGGACUGGAUUAAGAGAACAAUAGAACAAAAUAAUAGUUGAAAUGUAUUCCGAAAAGAUUUAAAUGUUCACCUGCUAUCUUCGACGCAUUAAAUGUAAUUUUUAAAAUAUGUUUGAGUCUCUUGUCUUAAUAUGCAAUCAAAAGCUCUUUUUUGGAGAGUGAUUCAGGAAGAUUCGAGAUUUAAGUGAUUUUUCAGUAUCUUGUGUCUACAAUUGUAUUGUCUAGUUUUUAACAAUUUGCUUUCUGUCUCUCCAA